AUGGGGAUUUAUGAUCGCACCUUCGAACACGUUGUGAAUUAUCAACGGCUCGGAAGAAGGCAAAUCCACCGAAACGUCAGCCUACUGAAGAUCACAUCGACCCUGUGUUCGAUUCCAAGCGAGGAAGACCAAGGAAAUCAAUCCUUCAGGCCAAGGAUCAAUAGAUGUUGUGAUGGGACCUUGCCGUGCCCUUUUCUAGAGAUGGACAAACUAGGACAACCUUCUGACCACAUAUUCUUCACGGGACUCGGAUAA